GUGAUAAUUUCGUGAGUUUUUAAAUGAUGUUUCAAAAUAUGCACUGUUUGAGAUAGGAGAGAAUCUGGAAUCGGUUAAGAGAUGAGUGAGCUGAUGGUAUUAUCCAAACUCAUCAAUACACCCAACCGUAGUUUCAAAAAGGUGGACAAUUGAGAUGCUAGGAUGUUAAAAAGCUGUCUAACACUCGCUCGAAGCAUAGCGUAAGGGAGUCCCUUCCUUCAAGGUGGUAACCCUUAUCAAAUGGAAGACAUGGAAGCGCAGAGCUUAACUGGUUCCAUAGAAAGUCAAAAUUGUGCCAGGCCAGAGAUUCAUGACUGUGUCAUCAAGCUGAGGGAGAAUCCUCAAAGGCGGAAAAAUGAAGUUUUUAUUGGCUGUGGUGCUGGUUUCGGAGGCGAUCGACCAUUGGCAGCCCUAAAGUUGCUUCAGAGGGUAAAAGAAUUAGACUAUCUUGUAUUGGAGUGUUUGGCAGAACGUACCCUUGCCGACCACCAUCGGUCAAUGAAGUCUGGUGGCAAGGGCUAUGAUCCCCGUAUAUCUGAAUGGAUGCAAUUGCUCUUACCCUUGGCUGUCGAGAGAGGAGUUUGCAUUAUUACCAACAUGGGUGCAAAGAAUCCUUCCUGUGCUCGCGAUGAGGUCUUGAGAGUUGCAAGCAGAUUGGGCAUCAACAUCACUAUCGGUUUGGCCUAUCAGCAUAGAGUCUUGAGAUCAGGUUUAAAGGAUGUUCUGAGAGAUGAUGAUGCUGAUGUUAGUACGUAUCUGGGAGCAGCUCCCAUUGUUGAGUGUCUUGAGAGAUACGGACCAAAUGUUGUUAUUACUUCUCGAGUUGCAGAUGCUUCCUUGUUCUUGGGUCCAAUGGUAUAUGAGUUGGGCUGGAAUUGGGAUGAAGUGAACCUGUUAGCCCAAGGUUCACUGGCUGGCCACCUGUUAGAAUGUGGUUGUCAGCUCACUGGAGGAUAUUAUAUGCAUCCAGGAGACAAAUACCGAGACAUGUCAUUCCAAGAUCUACUAAAUUUGUCUCUCCCAUUUGUGAGGGUUAAAUAUGAUGGUUCAGUAUGUGUGGCAAAGGCAGAAAAUAGUGGGGGGCUACUAAACUCUAGCACUUGUGCGGAGCAGCUUCUCUAUGAGGUUGGGGAUCCUGGAAAAUACAUCACUCCUGAUGUGAUUGUAGAUUUCCAAGAUGUUAUAUUUCAACCACUGUCGAAGAAUAAAGUUCUCUGCAUUGGAGCGAAACCAUAUAUACAAGCAGUACCUGAUAAGUUGUUACUGCUGGCUUCAAAGGACCAGGGGUGGAAAGGCUGGGGAGAGAUAUCGUAUGGGGGUUAUGAGUGUGUAAAACGUGCUGAAGCUGCUGAAUUCUUGGUAAAAUCAUGGAUGGAAGAAAUUUAUCCAGGUGUCAACAAACAUAUCAUUUCGUACAUAAUAGGUUUUGAUAGCUUAAAAGCAAUGAGCAUGGACAAUAAGGCGGCAAGACAUUGUGAGGAUAUUAGACUUCGGAUGGAUGGCCUAUUUGAGGAAGAGGAAAUAGCCAUACAGUUUACAAGAGAAUUCACAGCUUUGUAUACUAAUGGCCCAGCUGGUGGUGGUGGUGUCAGUACCGGUUGGAAGAAAGAGCUUAUUCUGGAGAAAGAAUUGACUGAACACCAGCAUUUUAGGUGAGUCGCGAAGAUGUACAAUGGGGCAUCUCAGCGAUGGGCAUGUGUAUCACUACAUCAAGCGCACAGACCGAUGACCUCCAGAAAGUUGUGCUUGCCAGCGAUAAGCACUGUCAUGAAACAUUCUCCAAAGAAGAAGGCACAAUCAGUGAUUUUCGAGAUCCACAGCUUAAUUGCUGCUCUCCAGCUCCGUCUGGAACAAUGACCCCCCUCUAUGACAUAGCCCACAGCAGGGCUGGUGAUAAGGGGAAUGACCUCAACUUCUCCCUUAUCCCGCAUUUCCCGGCAGAUGUUGAAAGGCUAAAGAUCGUUAUAACUCCAGAUUGGGUGAAGGAAGCUGUCUCACCACUUCUAAAUCCCACGUCGUUUCCAACUUCAGAUGAUAUUGAACAAAGAAACCAAUGGGUCAGCGAGAAUGUCAAGGUGGAGAUCUAUCAAGUCAGGGGUAUUCAUUCUCUGAAUGUUGUAGUCCGUGACAUCCUAGAUGGUGGUGUCAACUGUUCACGAAGAAUUGAUAGACAUGGAAAGACUGUAUCAGAUCUCAUAUUGUCCCAACAUAUCAUGCUGCCUCCAUGAUCGGGGAAAGACAAAAUACAUUUAUAUCAUGAUUUUUUUUUUUGUGCAAAGCAUUAUUUUAACAUGAAACUGGAACUCAACGAUUUGUUAUUUAAGCUAUUUGUUAAUUCUGUGUAAGUAGUGCAUGAAGGGUUCUGGACACGGUCUUGGUUCUGAAUUUGGCCCGUGUAGGUAUUGCUCCACCCCAUUCCCAACCCCCAAUUGUGUCUGGACAUGAACCAGCCAUUGGCCAUAUGCCAGACCAGGCUGCAUUUGCAAUUGCAACAGGGCUGCCACAAACAUUAUUUUCAUAUACCAUCUCUUGGGUCAUUCACCUCUUGAUUUGAGCAUGACCGUAGUACCAUG